GGGUCACAGUGACAGCACUCAGCUUCCGAAGAAGACUCUAUUUUUGUUGCUGCCCUGAAAUAGCAUCAUGGUGGAGAUGGAGGAGGACAAUGAAGGCAUGGACUCCAAGACGCGGCUGAAUCAGUUCUGCCAGAGGUAUUGCCUUCGUCCGGUCACGAGGAAGGACAUCCUCUAUUCCACCACCAAGUUUGGGAACAAGCAGUAUCAGUCCAUCGUGCGAUUGAACUGCAUGGAGAGUCAGGAGUAUGCCGGGGAGCUGUGCGAAGCUCCGAAGGACGCGGAGAAGUCCGCGGCGCAGCAGGCGUUGAAGGCCUUCCAGGCUGUGAUCGCUUCUCUACCUGCUGGCAAGCCCGUUAAGAAGAAGCCGCCACCCAGUGAGUUGGAUGAAGUGAAUAAGCAAAUAGCUGAUGCUGAAAAUCCAGCGCUCACUGACAAGGUGAAGCUGAACGCGCUCUGCAUGCGGAUUGCGAAGCGACCCCUGGAGAAGGGUGAGACUAUCUAUGAGACCCAGCAGCUGGGUGUUGGCAAGAACCCCAGUGGCUACCAAGCAACUGUGCGAUUGCCGUGCUUGCCUGAGGAUUGGGCCAUGAAGCUCUUUGCCGGGGAGGUCUGUCAGAACAAACAGGCUGCGGAGCAAAGUGCGGCUGGCAUAGCUUUAAAGGCGUUGGAGGAAGACCAAGCGCUUUGCGCGCUGGCGGAAGAGAAGGUGCCAAAGAAGCCCUCUGAAAAAGAAGGAAAAAAGGCGAAAGGAAAAAGCUGGAAAGGCUGGUGGGUCUCAAAGGGCGGGCCGGACCUCCCCAGAGAGCUGGUGUCUGAGGCGCCGGUGGCUGCCACCGUCCUGGAGUGGAAGGGCUCCUUUGGUUGGGUGAAGCUCUCCCAACCUUUGGAACAUCCUGCUGCUUCCAAGAGAGAGGGCAAGGUCUACUUGCACAGACAGGACUUGAAGGAUGGCAAAGAAUUGCUUGUGGAAGGAGAGAUGGUGUUCGUCAGCCUCUACACGGAUUCCAUGGGUUUGGGUGCUGCUGAGGCUCGUUGGUGGAGAAGGACGUUCCUCUAGAAGACCUAGUUUGGUGAGCAAAACACAGCCAAGGCC